AUGCAAUUGAAGAACUUGUUAGCUGUAUCAGCUAUUGCUGGAUUAGCUUCUGCUGCCAACAACUCUACUUUAACUACAGCCACUCCGCUGAUAAAUAAGGACUGUUCCUUCUCAGACUUCACAGCUACUGCUUCAUCACAAGUUUCUCAAGUUGCUGCAUGUGAAACUGCUGCUGGUAACAUUGUCAUCAAUGGUGACGCCUUUGGCUCAGUUGAAUUGACUGGGUUGCAACAAUUAUACGGUGACUUGGCCAUUAGAAACGUCACCAAGGCUCAAACCAUCAAUGCACCAACUUUGCAAUUGGUUUCUGGUGAUUUGGAAAUCAAUGCUUGUACUGUUUUGUCCAACUUGAACUUGGCUCAAUUGACUACUGUUGGUACUUUGGAAUUGACUGCUUUGCCAGCUUUGGAAUCAACUGGUUUAGCUGCUGGUUUGACUUCUGCCGAAUCCAUUAUUGUUUCCGAUACUGGAUUGAACCACUUGACUGGUAUCAAUGUUUACAGAUUGAAAGUUUUCAAUGUCAACAACAAUGGCGAUAUUGAUUCUAUUGAUUCAGGUUUGAAGGAAGUCACUGACACUCUUGAUAUUUCAUACAAUGCUGACAAGGUUGAUGUCAACUUGGAUGAAUUGACUUCAGCUAAAAACAUUGUUUUGCAACAAGUUAACUCAUUUAAUGCACCAAACUUGACUGUUGCCAACGGUUCAAUCACUGUCACUUCAUCUUCCCUUGAAAAACUUGAAUUGGCUCAAUUGAAAUCAGUUGGUAAUGCCAUUGCCAUUAACAAGAAUGAAGAUUUGGAAGAAUUGGAAUUCCCUAAAUUGACAACUAUUGGUGGUGCUUUGCAAAUUUCUGACAAUGACAACUUGAAAUCAUUGGAUGCCUUUUCAGAAGUUACUCAGAUUGGUGGUACCGUCAACAUCAAUGGUUCAUUUGACAAUGGUACUUUUGACUCAUUGACUAAGGUUGCUGGUGGUUUCAUCUUGAAGAUUGAUGGUGACUUGUCAUGUUCUGCUUUUAACAAAUUGAACACCAAAGGUGAUGUUAAAGGUGACAAGUUCCAAUGUCAAGAUCAACAAACUACAUCUUCAUCAUCAUCGAAAAAGAGUCAAUCAUCCGAUUCAUCCGAUUCAUCUGACUCAAGUGGAUCUGGAUCAGACUCUUCUUCAUCUUCAAACUCAGACUCAGACUCAUCAUCAUCCGACUCUUCAAGUAAAUCUAAUGGUGCUUCUUCAUCCUCCAAAAUUGGAUUGUUUGCCACCGUUGUUUCUAUUUUCGUUGGUGUUGGUGCCGCAUUGUUCUAA